CUAUUGAAAGGUCAGGUUGCCGUUGUACUUUCAAUUCACACAGACAAAAAGGAAACUAGCUCUAGCUAGCUAGCUAGCUGCGCUGCAAAGAUAGUCUCUCCUUUGUGAUGCCAGAAUACAACGUUAUCCUAGCUGGGCGUGCGGGUGUUGGCAAGACUGAGCUGUUCCAGUACAUCAAGACAGGAGUGGCUCCUAAAUACGAUCCUGACGAGACAGACCCUGAUGACUCUAGGGCUGCCCUCACUGACAUGGGCCUGGAGCGACUGGAACACGAGACUGAGGCAAAUGGAAGACAGAUCAAGGUGAAUCUUUGGGACACUGGUGGACAGGAGAGAUACGACUCCAUGACUGCCAACUACUAUCGCCAUGCCCACGCUGUGAUCCUAGUGUACGAUCUGGAAGCCGAGGACACUCUCUACCACCUGUCAGACUGGAUCAAAGAGGCUCGUAAAAAUAGCCGAUGGAGCGAUCGUUUAGUAUUCGCUCUCUGGGGGAACAAAUCUGACAGUAAAAAUCUUACCGCUAGAGAUGAAGCCAUACUGGCAUUCAUGACAACACACAGUAUCAACAUGGAUUUGAGUGCUCGAGUGUCGACACACACGGAGGGAAGUGUGGAGAAAGCAUUUCAGACCCUCAUCGAGGUAGUGGACAAGAAGUUCAAUCAAGUUGGAAUUGAAGAGACUGGAAGAGAUGUUAGUAGGUUGUUGUUGAGUAUGGAUGAACUUGACAAUGAUAAUAACCGCAGAAAAUGUUUUUGUUUUUGAGCUGUAUAUAUAAUAUACACACGACACUUAUAAAUGUUAUUUGACACAUUGUACACAACAAAUUUGUGAAUUGUUUUCCGUGUUCAUAUCAAAGAGUCGUGGUGUGUGCUGA